AUGAGUUUUGACGAGCUCAAGACGCUGGCGGAUAGAGCCAAGCAAUUGAAUCUUGUAGCGCUCGAAGAGAGCGAGAAGCGUCGCAGUUCGCAACUGAUGGCCAAGCGCCGGCAGCAGUACGAGCGAUCACUUCGUCGAGCGGCCUCAGACAGCGACGAGGACGAUCUCGAGGACUACACGCUGGAGGAGACAGAGAGAUGGGAGCAAACCAAGAAACAGAAACGACAAAACCAGCUAGACGCUCAAACUCUGGACUAUGGAGAGCUGGCUGCGUCUCACUACAACAAACAAGUCGAGACCAUCCAGCAGGUCCGCGAGGCAGAAGACCCGGUGCAAGCGCUAAUUGACGACCUGAGUAGCACCGUUGAAGCCCGGCACCAAAGACGAGUCGUACAGUCUUCUGCGGGCUACAUCAGUGAUGCGAACCGUCAGUUCAAUAUCCGGCUGGAUCGCUUAACUAAGCCCGCAACCCACACACCAUGGAGCCCGCUCGAAUCGAGACUGAAUACAUGGGAGCAGCGCGUUGGCCAGUUCGCCGACAAACUGACUCCAGAGCUAGACGAAAACCGGUCCAAAGAAGACCUGGCUAAAAAGCUCAGAGACCUACUGGAUACCCAGAUCGAGCGCCAAUCCAGCAAUCCUACCUUGCAUACCCAUUUCAAUCAGCUGUUUGCUGGCUUGGAUACACUCUCAGAGCCUCCUGCGCCACUCCAUUUGAAAGAAGGACUGAGCCCGGACAGAACCGAGUCAGACAUCUUGAAAUGGUUUAGCAAGUUUUAUUAUCAGGGUAAAAUCUCUCUCAAAGUUGCCCUGGCGGUCCUGAAAGACCCGCGAGUCAAGCACAUUGACCAAUUAGUUCACCAGAUCAACAACGGCGGCAUUCUUAUUCGGUGGUCAAAGGCAGACAAACACUUUUUCCAAUUGAAUGUCGCCAACAAAUACUGGAGACUUGGUCAACGCGAUCUCGCCAGACAGUACGUGUAUUCUGAUUUCGAUACUUACUGGAUGCCGGAGCUGGAAAGCGAUAGCUUAUCGCCCUCGCGGCUGUCCAUCCUAUUAAGAGCAGUGGUGGCAACCCAGCCUUCGCUUGCUCUAGACGUGGCCCAAACACUCACAGAACACCAGUACAUUUGUGCACUAUAUAUUCUAUGGGCCAACGCAGUAACCUUCAAACAGUGGCAGGUCGCGAAUGCAGUGAUCUACGGUGCGUCGUCAAACACCCUUUUCCAGGCGCUGGCGCUUGUGACCGACGAAGCACAGCUGCACGGCAUCAAAGGCAUGGAGCCCCUGCUCAAAAUGGUCCCCCGCAGGAAAGAUCUCCAGCACCAUAUCUCUGUUGCUUUGAUGGAAGUCGCCAACACCCAGCCGGAGCUGGGAAAACCAUUGGCUGAGAGACUUGCUGCACUAGAAGCCGACGAGGUCACAGAGGCUCGAAUUGCUGCCUUUAGGCUCUCCCUCAACUAG